UAAGCUCCAUCCUCGCGAGCGUCGUCUGCGCCUCCCCACGUGAGCUACGCUACUUAAUAUGAGUCCAGCACGCCGCGUUCGCUCGUGUUGUGGUGCUUUAUGAUGGUACGGCAUGAGAGUGCGAGAUAUGCGGACGUUCCUUGAGAGACGACGAGCUGUACUUGGUAUCGCUACAAGUGGGCGGAGAGACAAGACGCGUUUUAAGCUGCUCAGGUGAGCGGCCGUUCACAUCUCACACCGCUGCAUGCUGGUUAUAGACGCUGCGAUUUCGGGGUCGAUAAGAUAGUUGGGGGCUCGUACGCAAAGUGGGUCUUAGAGCGUGGUGAUGGAGUUGGUAAUACUUAAAGCGAGAGCUCAACUAAAUCGUCUCGUGUCGUCUGGUGAGAAGCGCAGCGGAAGCAGCGAGCGCUCGCCGCGUGGUGAGGGCGGAGGCGAGGGCGCGCGGGCGGCGGGCCGCGGCCGCAACAACAUGGCGCCGCCCGCGCCCUCAUCCUGGCUUAACGCCUCCCUUACUUACAACCUCUCGAGACUCAACACUACCUUCGAUACAGACUACGAGCUGCUUAACGCGACUGCCGGUGACGAUCAGAACAAUCACUGGUUUUGCGCUAAAUGGACAAGCGCUCAGCAGGAUCUGUUUCAGGCGGCAAAUCUGUGCUUCGCGCUGGCGUUUCUCGCGCCGAAGAGCUUCAAACAGAGCAUCUUAGUGCUGCGAGCCCUGGCGGCGUCGGGCGCCGUGCUCAUGGGCAUGUGGGCAGGCGCUGACGUAUGCGCACCCGACGUCCUCGCCUGGAGUCUAGCGCUUGUGCUCGUUAAUUCUUUACACACAGUCUUCUUAAUCAUAAGAUUUCUUCCGCCGGCGCUUUCCCUGGAACUGACUGACCUGUAUUUGAAGCUAUUCAAGCCGCUGAAAGUGAACAAGAAACACUUCCAGGAACUCACGCGGGAGGCUCGGAUAGUCCGCCUCGAGCCGGGUGAAGCAUACGCCGUCGAGGACGUAACACCAGCAGAUGAACGACUCUCUAUUCUUAUAAAGGGAAAACUGCGAGUUAGCUGCGAUGAGACGCAUCUUCAUUACAUACAGCCCUAUCAGUUUGUCGACUCACCGGAGUGGGAAGCGAACAGAGAGCAAUCUGAUGACGUAUUCCAGGUGACGGUGAUCGCAGAGGAGGUGUCCACGUGUGUGUGUUGGCCGCGCAUGCGCCUCGAGAGAGUGCUGCGACAUCGCCCCGCACUCAAGGUCGUGCUCGACUGCCUCAUAGGUAAAGACAUUACUCACAAACUAUACUCAGUGAGUGAAGGCUUAGGACUGGGUGCGGCGGGCGAACGAGAAGGUACACCGUUGCACCUGACGCGGUCUGCCAGCGUUGACGCGGUGCAUGAAGGUGCCCGUGGACGUCUCCGUAGUGCUGCCUGGCGAGCUCGCACCCCCGCACCCAAGGGUCAGUUACAAGGGGCAUCGUACUGGCAGCCAGUGGUAGCACGACAGUUUCUCCGACAGUCACCGUUCGGACGACUCAAUCAGCCUCCGCGAUUGGUCGCACAGUCUUCAUCGGCAAGUUUACAAACGCCAGCCCGCAAGCGCAGUCCACCCAGGAGGCCAGCAUCGUUGCGGCGCGGACGCGAAGUAAAGUUCGCUGAGAUAACGCCGGAGCCGGCCGUGUGACGCGGGCCGCGGCUCCAGCCAGAGCUGGUGCCGCUCGUUUCCCCACCGUUUUCCCCCAACUCGUCUUCACCCCCCCUGACGUCCCCCUGACAGGAAAUCGAGCGAACGUACAUGCCGCACAUGACUGAUUUUUGAACUAAAAGAAGUUUGCUCUUUAGCAGUGCUACGUUCGAAAUGCAAAAGACUUGUUUGUUGUUAACGUUUUCCAUACUAUUUCAAAUUAUUUACAAAAGAGCUUCCUGUUAAGUAUUGAAUGGUCAAUGUUUAUUUUUAAUAUUUGAAUUAAAUGCUUCCUCGUUCGCUCGGAAAUCGUAAAUAGUGUAAGGAAUAUUUAAAAAAAACUGAACGAAAAAGUAAAAAAGACUCAGUGAUAGAGUGAAUCAAUGAUCAUAAUGUGUAUGUUUAAGAAUGUGUAAUUAUUGUGUGAUGAAAUAGUCUAGCUUUGUUUGUUAUGUGCAAAACAGUGUACUUAUUAUAAAGUAACGCUCAAAUACCCCAAUAAAUAAUCCAAGAAACAGCAUUUCUGUAAAUAAUGCUAUAAAAACGAGUUAUGUUCCGUAUCAUGUAUAAAAAAAAGUAACACUGACUUUAUGGAAUUGUGACUAAUUUAUAGCAAUGAAUGUUUCGACUGUGGAGCCCUAAAAAUGUAUAGUACCUAUAAAUGUUACACUAUAGAUUGUUUACUAGUAUUAAGAAGAAUUAAAUCGUGAUAAAGUAAUAAUAAGGUUAGAUAAUGCGCGGUGCAUUUAUGUAUUGGUAAGUGUCAUGUUUGCCUUAAUUUUAAAUCAAUUGUUAAACCACAAUCCAAAUAUUGAGGUCAAAUAAGCAACGAGAUUUAACGGAAACGUAAAAAAAAGCUUCCUGAAACAAUGCAGUAAACAAUGAAAUCCUCUAAUUAUUUUGAAUAUUAUUAAGCAGAUCGUUAACUUAACAUUUCAAAUAGUCUUUCACGUUUUACCUGGGACCGUUUGAUUUCUAGUUGCUGAUUAGUUUUUUAUUGUCAUUACAAUAUGAGUUGUAAAACCUUCCUAUUAAUUAGUCUAAAGGAUCUAUAGUUAAAUGGCAAAAAAACUGAACUCUUAUCACAUAUCGCCACACCGUCACCGCGGCCAAUUUAAAUAUCGUGUUACUUAUUAAAGGGUAUUACUUUUUUUUUCUUAAACCGUUACUUAGUUUCAGAUUAACAUCAAUUCAUUUUUCUCCGAUCUCACAUCCGUGAGAUACUUAUGUAUAAUUUUUGAACAUUUCAUGUUUGAAAGUGAAGUCAGUGAAGUGAAGAACAUUCUUUUUAGAUUUGGACGAAGCUACGAAAAUCACUUUUGUUCCAAGAGAAGUUGUACAUAUUAUGUUCACUAUCAGUCUACUACUUCAAAGACAAAAAGGCUCAUGAAAUCAUGAAUCUGCGUCCAUAAUUUUAUUAAAGACUUCGGGCUGAGUUAGGUUAACUCCGGUCAUCGUUCUCGUCGAACCUGUCGCUUGCGACGAAGGGCUUGACGAGUAAAUUAACCCACAGGACACAGUUUAUCGCCGGAUCUUCUCAGUGGUUCGUGUUUCCGAUCCGGUGGUAGAUUCUGCGAAGCACGGCUCUUGCUAGGGUUCGUGUUAGCAACGUCGCCAAGUUUGAGCUCAGUGAGCUCACCUACUAGUUGAGGUUACGCUGAAAUAGCCUCUCAAGGCUAUCAGCUUAGGUAAGAAAAAGAAGGUUAACUGUUAUUUAAAAAAUUUGAUCACUCAAAAAUAUUGGUUGAUUCUAACGGACGAAAAAAAAACAGUGCACAGCAGUAUACUGACAAUUUUAAGAUUAGUAUCAAAAUUUUUCAAGUUUUGAAGUUAUACUUCUUUAGGCGCGUUAUGAAAAAUUGAUGAGAGUGAAAUUUUACGAUGCGUGCGCACCGUGACACAAAAUUAACAGAAUGAAGUUGCUCACUAAAUCGCUCAUUACAAUACCACCGACGUAACUUGGCAAGUCUGAAUAUAGCCGCAGGUGAACUUUCCGAACCGUACCGAAAAUUACCGAAUUUAUACGAUGUCAAGAAAAGUGAUGUCCAAUAUGCGUGUUUGAGGAUGUUGCUUAAUCGAUUUUUUUUCAAAUUGAUUAAAAUUUAAAUAAAAAAAAAGAAAAGUAUAACUUCUUACGCGCGUACAUAAGUACACGUACCCUUUUUUUUAAGAAGUUUGAUUCUCAACGCCCCUAUUAAUUUAUUAAAAGUAUGUACCGCCUAUAUAACAAGACCUUCAACUAAUAAUACAUUCUUAAUAUUUUCUUUAAAUCUAAAGUAAGUGGAAUUGUAAGACACAUGUAUUAUAAUAACCAUACAACAAUUUAAUUAAAAAAUUCUUGGUUCUUCACUCUAUUGCAAAUAUUCAAAAACGAACUAAUCAAAAACCAACAACCAAUUCAAUCCAAACAAUUUUCAUUAAAUGUUUCUAUUCAUGAAAUGUUCUUAAUGUUCUAAAAAUUUUAAAACCUCAAAUGUUACUAGAUGAAUAACGGAUUUGUGAUCAUCACGUUUUUUGCUAUUUGACCAUGGAAUCCUAAAACAAAUUGAAUUAUAUUUAUUGCAAUGUUUUUUUUUUUAAUUUACCCCACAGUUAACAAACGCAUUAAAACUAAUGUUAGCUUAAAUCGUAUUUUGUCUUUUUCUGUCGCAUUUUAAGCAGCCCUUUUUCUAUAAUAUUUAACAUUGUGAUUAUUUGUCAUUACAUUGCCACUUUUGUACUAUUACUGAAAAUGAAAUGCACUCUCAAAAAUUCACACGAGAACCGUUUUCUUUAAUAGUACACGUAUUUGUAGUAUAUUUUCAUAUUCAAAGUUUUUCGCAUAAAUAAACUAACAUAACUUACACAAAUACUUAACGCAAAUAAAAUUUUUUAUCACAGUAUCACAAGCACAACAAAUUUUAAUUUAAUUUUUAAUUCAAUUUUAUUCAUAAAAAAAAUUAAUUCAAUUACCAUUAAGGCCAAAUGUAUGGUAGUUAAACACUACCAAGCUAACAAGCAUAUUAUUAUUAUAUGGAUAUAAGACAAGAUCCGGUGUUUAAGUGACUUUCGGUCAUCAGUUUGCCAGUAUAUGUGGUGACUAUCUUUCUUGUGGGUCGGUAAGAAAUCGCCGCACUUCCACUUGUACGUUGGGUAUGGAGUGUUAAAAUCGACUCGAAGGAGACAGACUCUCGUACCACAGCCCAGGUGCUAACUUCAAAUCAGCAAACGCUCAAUAACGAAUCAGGCACAAAUUCCGCAUCUCUCCAGGCUAACACACUCUCACGGGACGCCGAGUCGGCGAUUGUAGCUAUUGCGAUUAUAGAAACACACAUGCCACACAAUGACAGCAACCCUAGUAUAUAGCAAUAAUUUCAUUAAGCAAACUGUAUGGCCAGAAUUCAUUUAAAAAGGGAUCUUUGACUAACAUAAUACAGUUACUAUAUCAAAAUAUAUGACGACAUAGGAGAACAAAGUGUCCGUACGUGGUUAACAAUUGCUCCGCGAAUUAAUUGAGGAACUAAUAUGCAAGCUACUUAAUGUUGUCGUUGCUAAAAUGGCCUAUCCUAAUUUAGUCACAAAUUUCGAGUUUAUUCUAAAUACACCUCCCCGCAAUUUAUAAAGUUACGCUUCUUAGCCUUGAUCCGUUUGAUUCCCCAUUGUAUAAAAACGGGCAUUGUAAAUUUUUAACAUCUAAUUAAUAGAUACCCAUUCAAUAAAAAUAACUUGUUGUCGUUCGUGUUUAGUUGAUGUUGCUUUAUUCGUGUAAAAUACAUGUGUUUAGAUGAAAUAGCACGUAGCGUGUACUUUCAGUCAAAUGCGACGAAUAACUAUCUAUUUAAUAUAGAAACAAUAUUUGAUUAGGACAGAAUUGAGUUUGUUUAUUAUACAAAUAAUAAUAAAUAAUAAUAAUAGUAAAGAAUCAUUUUUUUAAUCAGACUAAGUUUUAAAUUAAAAAUAAAAAAAUUACAAAAUUAUUUGUUUGGUUUGCUAUGACACAAGAACAACAGCGGGGGCAAUAGCUUUGUUUUUUUUAGAAUUAACCAAACUUCACCAAAUACUGUAUUUUAUAUCGAAAGGCUUCAAAUGAAAAAAUUUAAAUGGCCAAUAAUUAACAAAUUAAUUUUUCGAAAUCCCUUUAUCGCUUUCUGUAACUUAUUGUCAGUGGCCGAUUAUGUCACAUGCGCCAUAAAAUCACGAAUCCUUCUAUAGAAAUCUGUAAGAAUCGACCACCAUUGAUUUUCAAAUAAAUUAAUAUAAUAUAAUUUUGUUUCGAAACGUGGUUUAUUUGUAAUAAUUUGGAAGAAUAAAUAUAUACUAACACUAGCAUUAACUGUAGCGCUAAGAAAGAUUAAGUACUGGGCGCAUGACAGCUUACUUUAUACUCGUAGUCAACUCAAGAGCUGAAAUUUAAGAUCUAUUUAACAAAGAACAAGUUAGUUUUAAAAUUUUCAGCUCCUAUUAUUUUUUAAACAUAAAUACCAAAUAAACACAAUUUUGUCCUAAGUACAAUAAACACGUUUCACAAGAAUACAUAUCUCUUCGUCGUUAUGUAUAAUCUUGUUAUUUACUUCUUCGACGUAGUAAAAAUGUUCUCGGUGGGCUUUAUUUAAUAACGCAGUAGAUUAGUUAAAUGGUCUAGAAAUAUUACGUUUCUAAGGUAUUUACAGUGCUUCUGUAACAUGAUCUUCCAUAUUCUAAAAGAAAAAGAGAGAGAGAGAGAUAAAUUUAAAUUAGUAAGUUAUAUUUGGUUAAACAAUAUAACAAAUAUCUAGGAUUUAAAUAAUGCAAGUGGUUCUAAUUUUACAAGCUAUAAAAUAAAGAAUCAUUUAAAACAUAACAGCACUUUCAAUCACACUGAUCUCUUCUAAAAUAUUAUUAUAAAUUUGUAUUCUUUCUUAACUGUUGGCCUUGCUCUUUUAGUAAUAAAUAUAACGUUAAAGGCUAGUGAAAUUUUGAUAAAACUAAUAACAACUAGACUUGGAAUUGUAAAGUAUAAGGUGUAACAAAGCAUUAUGAACGAUUUACUGUAUAAUUGUAUUAAUUUAAAACUACUCUGCACAUAAUAUACUAAUCUUCUCUAUCAUAUUAUUAAAUAGUUACACUAUUGUGGAUCACGUUAUUUAAUUUAUUUGUUUACUUCAUAGAAUUGAUUGCGCGUUAUUAUUCUAUUAUAUAUUUAAUUAAAUAAUUCUAAAACUAUUAGUUUUACGUGUCGAUUCUAGUUGAAUCUUUUUGGUAAUUUUGUAUCAAAUUUAUUUCCUACUUAAUAUUUAUAAUUACUUAUAAUAAAGGCGAAAAACUUGUACAUGUAAAUUUAACAAAAGCAAAGUAUAAAUACUAAAUGUGUGUUUCCUAGAGUUGUUUGUUUAAGCAUAGUUUAUUUAAAUGUAAUUUAAUAAUAAGUUUAAAAAUUAUAGUGCUUUUGUUAUAGGGUUUGUAAUCCAAGCGGCUUCAAUUAUAUUAUAUCCCGAUAAGUUAAUAUAAAACUUAACUGUACUAGAUACAUCUUUUCAUUUUUGAGCUUGUAAUCUUUUAAUUUUUUUAUAUAAAUAGAAAACACAGAAGCUCACAGCUCAACAUAAAUACUAGUAUCUGCUUUAACUUAUGAAUCAAUUGCUUUAGAAUAAUGGUACUUCUGCUCUUAAAAAUAAGACUCAUGAUUACUUCGCGACGAACUAAGCAGAAUCAUGUAGGUAAAUAGUCCGGGUCAAUAACAUUCUCACAGCACCUACAAAUUUGAUUGAAAUUAGAUUAUCUAAAGUAUCACUAUCGAAUAUAUAAAUAUGUGUUUUUUAUACAUACAAAUGAAAUCAAUGUGGUCAAAUCAGGACUACAAGGCAAACAAUUAACGUUUCAUUUUAUCAAAUUAUUGAUUGAUUUAUUUUGUUUAUACAGUUUUACGUCAGUCUUCCGUUAAUUUCUUAUCAUGCAACCAUAUUCUUCCUUAGUAGGUACCUUAACAAUAAUUGAAUACGAAUCAAUAUUCACUAUACUUUAAAUUUAAACAAGCAACUGACACCAGCUGGCCUAAGAUACAUCUUAGACUGAAUCAAUGAAUGUUUUUGGUGAUUUUUUCAUGUUUGCUGAUCUAAUAAUGAGUCAUAACUGAACUGAAUACUGAUGAAUGAAACAUAAACUGAAAUUACGUUACUGAUUUAUCGAGUUUGACGUAUUCAUUUUAUUCCUCCUACCAGUUUUCAAAAAUGUAGAUUCGGCACGAUUGAGAAAUUGACAUUUCUUGAGUAAUAGUAAGCUGGUUUACGAAUGAUAAAUCAGGAUAUAGACAACCGGACAUAGCCAGCAUAGCAAUUUAAAAUGAAUUACAAGUAAUUUGAUGACAAAUGAAAACGAAUGUAUAUUUCAGGGUAAAAGCCAAACACCAAUAACAGCCCAUUGUACUCGUAUUAAGCGAUGCGACUUUUCUAAGAAAAUAAAUACCUACUUCACAUGUGCUCACGAAUGUCGUCCUAGAUAACAAAGAGCAUCGUGUUAUAAAAAUGUAACCCAUAUAUAAUAUAUUUAUUUGCUUGUUUACUUGUUCUGUUUCUACUACACACAAUGCGAUUGUUUUAUUUCUGCUACAAAGCAGUCAUGCAUUCUGGUUUUCUGGAUGUGAUAGUGUUACUAAGAAGGAUAGACGCAAAGAUAUAAUAUUCGUAGAUAAUAGAUUUAAGUUGAUUGAAUGUAAUUUAAAUCUGUGACCGUUUGAAAUAUAGUAACUAAUACAUGUUUAUGAAUGUCCAUGAUUCAGACUUUCGCUGUAUCAUUGAAAUUUAAAGCCAGUCGACGAAAUUCUGCGAAAUUACUUAAUGAAAAUUGAAACGAGUCUUUUAAUAAAUUCAAAUGUACAAAAUCUGAAGAGAACUGUUACUUUUUGUUGUUGUUAUUUGUUAACAUACAUAGGAACUAGUGAUAGAACUCGAAUGAAACAUGGCGGUUUCUACUAGAGUUGUAUUUGUUAUUCAGAAUAAACCUAAAUUUUUUUCUAGGUGACAUCCUUAUUGUCCUCUGUUCAAAACCUCGAUCCAAAGUAUUCGAAUGCUCUCAAUAUUGUUGUCAAUAUUUAUUCGAAGUGAACGCUCAAAUCUGUCUUCGAUAUUGAACUAGAUUAAUUUUGCUUCAAUCGAAGAAAUCCCCAGAAUGAUUUUUUUACUCACGGCCCAGCCCGGUACUAACUAGUACAGUACAGAAACCUUCGAUCCCUUCUGGUAAGCUAUGUCCCAAAAGUCUGAUAGCCACUGCGAUAUACCGGCCACAAGAAAUCCUGUUACGAAACUCAUGUUUUUUUUCCUACGUAAUCAUUGGUAGCCUAAGGGACUAUUCCAACUUCACGCGCACCAGAAGCUGAGCUCACGGGCUCAACCUGAGAGAAUUGCCAACACUAGCCCUAGCAAGAGCAGUGCUUCGCUGAAUCAACUACCGGAUCGGAAUCGCGACCCACUAAGAAGAUCCGGCGAGAAACUCAGUGGGUAUCCGUGUUAUUAUCCGCAUAGCAAUAUAUUAUGUCAAUCUAUGUAAUUUAUAUGUAUAUAAGAUGAAAAGCGAAGGACGUCGAAAAAACCUUUUAAAGUUAGUCCUUUUUUAUCCUAUCCAAGUUACCAGUCGACUAUAAAAGUAUUACCAUGACUAGGACUAUCACUAUUAAGUUUCUGUUCUUAAAUAGAACUUCAAAAUUUUCAUGCACUUCUUAUCUAUUUAACCAAGCCGCUUGUGACCGCUUCAAUUAUGUAUGAGAAAACGUAACAAUUUAGAAUAAUAUAACUAAUUUGAUUUAUUUCUAUAAUUUUAUGCUAGCGAAUGACAAUGUUGUAAUGAAAUUUACAACUACACUUCAAAUUAUUUACCUCGCGCUGAAGAAUUGAGAAGAAUUUAUACAAAGAAUGUCAGCUUUGUAAUUUGAUCUUCAAUAUUAUGAGUCAGAGUACCUACAUUCACCGUAAGGAUUAUUAAUUAUAUUCAUGUAUUUAUCAACUUUAUAAACAUGUUUAUUGUGUCUUUAAUAAAAGAAUUGCUUAAUAA